CUGCAUAUAAUAUUGCUAAAAUGAAUAAAGAAGUCACACAUAACUUUAUAUCUAUGUUUGAUGAACCUAACAAACCUUUAUGGUCAAAAAUUAAACCUGAUUUGUCAACUUAUCAAUUAACAGGUGUAAUGACUCUAAAAAAAUCAAAUUCUUCAUCUACUAAAAAAGGGAACUUUUUUAUAUCCAAUGACUUUCUAGUUGAAGUGGAAAAUAAAAUGUACAAAAGACACAUUGAUCUUAACAACAUUAUCCUAGAAAAUACUAAUAAACUUGCUACUUUUAAACUUAGCAGAAAUAAAAAAUCCAUCGAAUUUACGUCUAAUGAAUCAGAAUUUUUACAAUGGUUUCAAUUAAUAAAAAAAUAUGCUAUUCAAAGAACUUUUAAUGAAGAUUAUAAACUUUUAAAAGUAUAAGGAUAAGGCAAUUUUGCUAAAGUAACUAUAUAUAUUAUGUAUAGGUCUACAAAGCAAUUGGAAAAGACAAUUUUACAUAUGCUGUAAAGUCAUUUGAAAAAAAGAGCUUUAAAAAUCUUAUUUUAGAAAGAGUAUUUUAUUUUAUAAUAUAUUAUAGGAUGCAUUGAAAUUAGAAAUCAGCAUAAUGAGAAAAAUAUAAUUUCCUGGAAUAAUCCGAUUAUAUGAAGUUUAUGAAACAGAGCAUAAUAUAUGGUUAGUUACUGAUUAUUUAGAAGGAGGAGAACUAUUCCAAUAUCUAAGAAAUCAACCAUAAGGAUUUAAUGAAAUUUAAGUUGCUUUAUUAAUGCAUAAUUUACUGAAUUCUUUAGAUUAUUUGCAUCAAUAAGGAAUAAUUCAUAGAGAUAUAAAAGUAUAUAUUAAAAAACAUUUAUUUAAGCCAGAAAACUUAAUACUUCGAUCUCCACUUAAUGCAUCUGAUGUUUGCAUAGCAGAUUUCGGACUUGCUGACUAUUAUAAUCCAGAAGGAAGAUAUUUAUUCAAAAGAUGUGGAACACCUGGAUAUGUUGCACCAGAAAUCUUACAAGAGAAAAAUUAUGAUUAUAAAGUAGAUGUGUUCAGUGCAGGAAUUUUAAUGUUUAUAAUGUAACUAAAAAUCAAAUUAUUUUAAGGUUGAGUGGUCAAUCUCCAUUUUAAACUAAAUCUAAAAAUGAAUUAGUCAUUAAGAAUUAUAAUUGUGAAAUCGAUUAUACAGUUAACAAUUUAUAACACAAAAUUACACCUGAAGGUAAAAUCUUUUUUAAUAUUAGCAUUGUAGCUCUUACAGAUUUUAUUAUCACCUAAUCCUUAAUAUAGACUUACUGCCAAAUAAGCAUUAAGUCAUCCUUGGUUUGUUAAGUGUUUUACACCUGUUUUCUAAAUACCUGCACCUUAACUUUUUAUUCCAACCAAUGUUAUUCCUCCAUUUUAACAUUUUGCUGAUAUUUAUGCUAGAAGUCCUAUCAUGAAUCAAUUACUUAGUCAAUCUAUAUCCAGCCUUUCUCUUUCUAAUUCAUCAAGUAAUUAAUCUUAAAUACUUUAGAUGUAACACCUUUAAGAACAUAAUCUAAUUCAUUAUAAGUUCAAAAUUUACAAAAUAAUAAAAUUGAAGAAGACCAUUAAGAUUUUGAAGUUAUCCUUGAAGAAGUCUGCUAAAUUAAUGAAAUCAUGAAAUAUUCUAUCAAUACUUAACGUAGACAGCCACCAAAUUAAUUAAAUAAAUAAAUUUGAUGCUUUUGUAGUACCC